AGAAACCGAAAGUGAAAUUAGGUUGUCCUUGAUCCUGUUCCUGGCGGCUCGCGGGGCGCAGCGGACGCCUGAACUUUCUGUCUCCGGUGCAGCUCUUCUUCCCUUCGCCAGGAGCGAGCGGAGCGCAGGGAAUAAUGGAACCUGAUAAGGACAACAAAAAUCAAGUACUUAAAGAACAACAGCUGGAUGAAGAGUCUAUGAAUGAUGAUCAAAAUGAGGAGUUACUUGAUGAAAUUAGAAAGGAAAAUAUUCAGCUGCAGGAGGUGAUCCAGAAGCUUGAAGCUGAGUUAGACGGGGCCACCAAAGACUUCCAGAUUAAGGAGGAUAUUCCCGAGACACAGAUAAAAUUCUCGUCAUUAGAGAAUCCUGAGAAUGACAGCCAGUUUUUAAAUAUCUCCUGUUCAUUUCAAGUGAGCUCACAAGUAUCUUAUGAGCUGCAGAAAGGACAAGCACUUAUCACCUUUGAAAAGGAAGAAGUGGCACAGAAUGUGAUAAAAAUGGGAAAGCACCAAGUGCAGCUGGAGGGUGAGAGCGUGGAGCUCACGGCCGAGCCGGUUCCCCUGAGCACGGGGGUCCGAUUCCAGGUUCACGUGGACGUCUCCAAAGUGAAGAUUACCGUUACUGAGAUUCCCGAUGGCCUGGGGCUGCCUGAAGACCAGAUGCGGGACAAGCUGGAGCUGGGGUUCGGCAAGUCGCGGCGUGGAGGCGGCGAGGUCGAGAGCGUGGCCUACGACAAGCAGUCGCGGAGCGCCGUGGUCACCUUUGUGGAGCCUGGAGUUGCUGACAGGAUUUUGAAAAAGAAAGACUUCCCUCUUUACAUAAACCAGAGCUGCCACAGGGUCCUUGUUUCUCCGUACACAGAAAGACGCUUGCAAAAGUAUCAGAUAUUUUCAGGAGUAUCGAAGAGGACGGUGCUCCUGACCGGGAUGGAACACGUUCGGACCGAUGAAGAGACCGUGGAGGAUUUCAUCAACAUCCACUUUCAGCUGGGGAGGAAUGGGGGUGGGGAGGUGGAGGUGGUCAAGUGCUCCCUUGGGCAGCCUUACAGAGCGUAUUUUGAAGAAUAGACUGAUGGCAUCACAUGAAAAUUGGAGCUUUCGAGCCCAAAUCACUGCAGACAUUUGGCAGAACGAAUACCCUUUGCUUUGAGAAAUGAACACUUUCAUUCUCCAGUGUCCGUUUCUUCUUAAAUACCAAAGUUAUUUCCAAGGUUUUGCACUCUU